AUGAAGAACAUAACUUACGACAUAGAAGAAAUAGAUCCUAUAACCACUCAAAGAAGGAAAGUUCAAAAACGCAAACGCAAGAUGGUGAAAGAAACAAUCAAAGAUAAAGAGAAUGUAAGAGAAAUUAAGCAGCAUCUAACAUGUAGUUUCGAGUUGUCCAAAGGAUUACCUGAAUCAACUAUCUCCAUAGGAGGUGAAGAAAAGAAAGCAAAGAUAACCUCAAAUAUGAAAAUACCUACAUUAGAUACAGAUCGGCCAGAUCUGUAUCCCAUGUUCCCACCCAUGUCUCUCAGGGAACAAAAGAUGCAACCAAAUGGAAUUAAUGUUUGAAGAGAUUGUUUAAGCUUAGUAGAUUGGAUUCAAGCCAUAAUAGAGUGCUAUGAUAAAGGGGAAUUGGACAUUUGUAGGAUGAAGGACAUAACUUACGACAUAGAAGAAAUAGAUCCUAUAACCACUCAAAGAAGGAAAGUUCAAAAACGCAAACGCAAGAUGGUGAAAGAAACGAUCAAAGGAAGAGAUUGUUUAAGCUUAGUAGAUUGGAUUCAAGCCAUAAUAGAGUGCUAUGAUAAAGGGGAAUUGGACAUUUGUAGGAUGAAGGACAUAACUUACGACAUAGAAGAAAUAGAUCCUAUAACCACUCAAAGAAGGAAAGUUCAAAAACGCAAACGCAAGAUGGUGAAAGAAACAAUCAAAGCGGCGACUGCCAAGAGACGUAUGCUUCUCGCCGCUAAAGGUCUUGCCUGGGCUGCCUGGUGGGCGGUGGUCUCUGAGCGAGCAAGCGGCGGCGCGCGUGGUUGCGUAGCAGUAACAGAUAGUAAUUUGAUAUUAAAAAUGGAGGAUUACAAAAAAAUGUUUUCAAAGAACCAUAAACUAAAUAGUUUAGUAUCUUGUACUUUAAGCAGUGCAGAUGCGCAGAUACCUGAUAUAAAAGAUUUACCUGAGACCGGAAUUUUAGGGAAUUUUAACCCUUCUAUUGUUUGGUUAUUUGCUCAAAUAUUUUUAGUAAAGAAUUUUCCUAAUAUUGAAAAAUAUUGUGAAAAAGUAAUUGAUUUCUUGAAAUCUAGCAAUUCAGAUGUAAUGAGUAAGGAUAGACAAACUUGGGAUCCUGAAACUCAAAAAAGUACAACUUGUUCUAAAACAUUUAAUGCUUUUCUAGCUCUGAUUAAGAGAAAUUUAGCUAAGACACCAAACACAUUGAUAGAGGCAUUCAUAUUUUGAAAAAUGCAAAUAAAUCAUAGAAAAACGCGAAAUAACAUACAAAGCAGUGUUGUUUACUUAUUGCUAACCACAAAUGACGUCACGCACUGUGAUUGGCGUUUGGGUUCUUACGCUGCACAGAUAAAAAAUAUUGGAUUUACGCAACUUUAUUUAUUGAUUUAAAAUUAUAAAUCAUUGUUAUUUCUUAAAAAUCUUCAUUGAGUGAUAUUGUUGUAUAACAAACUUUAUUUUAAAUCACAUUUUAGAUUUUUUUUCGAUUACUGUCCGGUACCCUAUUUUACAAGAAAUCUAUUAAAAAUAAGCGCUUUGUACAUCUACACAGAAACCCCUCCACACGGAUAUGGAAGCCAGGCUCCAAAGGUUGCAGAAACAAUGUUAAGAUCUUUGGAGUACAAUAGAAAGAAAGAAGAUAAAAGAACAAUUAAUAUUGGAAAUAUCGACAUAGAAAGACUACAAUGGGAGAAAGAAGAUGGAGUUUUCCCUCACGAUGAAAUACAUGGAAAUUACAUUACAUCUGUAGAAAAGGAAAUGACUAUAUCUUUUUUAAAUGAUAAUCUUACACAAUUAACUACAGUAGUAUACAGAGUAAUGGAUUCCAUCUUAAACCAAAGUUCAGAUGUCUUAACACAAGGAAGACAAACAUUUUGCCCUUUAAGAGAACAAAGUGUUACAGCUGCUCAACCCUGCGAAAUGGCAUUUGACUUUUUGAAUGUUAAAACAGGAAGAAAUUGUUGGAUUCAAGCCAUAAUAGAGUGCUUUGAUAAAGAGGAAUUGGACAUUUGUAGGAUGAAGAACAUAACUUACGACAUAGAAGAAAUAGAUCCUAUAACCACUCAAAGAAGGAAAGUUCAAAAACGCAAACGCAAGAUGGUGAAAGAAACAAUCAAAGAUAAAGAGAAUGUAAGAGAAAUUAAGCAGCAUCUAACAUGUAGUUUCGAGUUGUCCAAAGGAUUACCUGAAUCAACUAUCUCCAUAGGAGGUGAAGAAAAGAAAGCAAAGAUAACCUCAAAUAUGAAAAUACCUACAUUAGAUACAGAUCGGCCAGAUCUGUAUCCCAUGUUCCCACCCAUGUCUCUCAGGGAACAAAAGAUGCAACCAAAUGGAAUUAAUGUUUGAAGAGAUUGUUUAAGCUUAGUAGAUUGGAUUCAAGCCAUAAUAGAGUGCUAUGAUAAAGGGGAAUUGGACAUUUGUAGGAUGAAGGACAUAACUUACGACAUAGAAGAAAUAGAUCCUAUAACCACUCAAAGAAGGAAAGUUCAAAAACGCAAACGCAAGAUGGUGAAAGAAACGAUCAAAGGAAGAGAUUGUUUAAGCUUAGUAGAUUGGAUUCAAGCCAUAAUAGAGUGCUAUGAUAAAGGGGAAUUGGACAUUUGUAGGAUGAAGGACAUAACUUACGACAUAGAAGAAAUAGAUCCUAUAACCACUCAAAGAAGGAAAGUUCAAAAACGCAAACGCAAGAUGGUGAAAGAAACAAUCAAAGCGGCGACUGCCAAGAGACGUAUGCUUCUCGCCGCUAAAGGUCUUGCCUGGGCUGCCUGGUGGGCGGUGGUCUCUGAGCGAGCAAGCGGCGGCGCGCGUGGUUGCGUAGCAGUAACAGAUAGUAAUUUGAUAUUAAAAAUGGAGGAUUACAAAAAAAUGUUUUCAAAGAACCAUAAACUAAAUAGUUUAGUAUCUUGUACUUUAAGCAGUGCAGAUGCGCAGAUACCUGAUAUAAAAGAUUUACCUGAGACCGGAAUUUUAGGGAAUUUUAACCCUUCUAUUGUUUGGUUAUUUGCUCAAAUAUUUUUAGUAAAGAAUUUUCCUAAUAUUGAAAAAUAUUGUGAAAAAGUAAUUGAUUUCUUGAAAUCUAGCAAUUCAGAUGUAAUGAGUAAGGAUAGACAAACUUGGGAUCCUGAAACUCAAAAAAGUACAACUUGUUCUAAAACAUUUAAUGCUUUUCUAGCUCUGAUUAAGAGAAAUUUAGCUAAGACACCAAACACAUUGAUAGAGGCAUUCAUAUUUUGAAAAAUGCAAAUAAAUCAUAGAAAAACGCGAAAUAACAUACAAAGCAGUGUUGUUUACUUAUUGCUAACCACAAAUGACGUCACGCACUGUGAUUGGCGUUUGGGUUCUUACGCUGCACAGAUAAAAAAUAUUGGAUUUACGCAACUUUAUUUAUUGAUUUAAAAUUAUAAAUCAUUGUUAUUUCUUAAAAAUCUUCAUUGAGUGAUAUUGUUGUAUAACAAACUUUAUUUUAAAUCACAUUUUAGAUUUUUUUUCGAUUACUGUCCGGUACCCUAUUUUACAAGAAAUCUAUUAAAAAUAAGCGCUUUGUACAUCUACACAGAAACCCCUCCACACGGAUAUGGAAGCCAGGCUCCAAAGGUUGCAGAAACAAUGUUAAGAUCUUUGGAGUACAAUAGAAAGAAAGAAGAUAAAAGAACAAUUAAUAUUGGAAAUAUCGACAUAGAAAGACUACAAUGGGAGAAAGAAGAUGGAGUUUUCCCUCACGAUGAAAUACAUGGAAAUUACAUUACAUCUGUAGAAAAGGAAAUGACUAUAUCUUUUUUAAAUGAUAAUCUUACACAAUUAACUACAGUAGUAUACAGAGUAAUGGAUUCCAUCUUAAACCAAAGUUCAGAUGUCUUAACACAAGGAAGACAAACAUUUUGCCCUUUAAGAGAACAAAGUGUUACAGCUGCUCAACCCUGCGAAAUGGCAUUUGACUUUUUGAAUGUUAAAACAGGAAGAAAUUGUUGGAUUCAAGCCAUAAUAGAGUGCUUUGAUAAAGAGGAAUUGGACAUUUGUAGGAUGAAGAACAUAACUUACGACAUAGAAGAAAUAGAUCCUAUAACCACUCAAAGAAGGAAAGUUCAAAAACGCAAACGCAAGAUGGUGAAAGAAACAAUCAAAGAUAAAGAGAAUGUAAGAGAAAUUAAGCAGCAUCUAACAUGUAGUUUCGAGUUGUCCAAAGGAUUACCUGAAUCAACUAUCUCCAUAGGAGGUGAAGAAAAGAAAGCAAAGAUAACCUCAAAUAUGAAAAUACCUACAUUAGAUACAGAUCGGCCAGAUCUGUAUCCCAUGUUCCCACCCAUGUCUCUCAGGGAACAAAAGAUGCAACCAAAUGGAAUUAAUGUUUGAAGAGAUUGUUUAAGCUUAGUAGAUUGGAUUCAAGCCAUAAUAGAGUGCUAUGAUAAAGGGGAAUUGGACAUUUGUAGGAUGAAGGACAUAACUUACGACAUAGAAGAAAUAGAUCCUAUAACCACUCAAAGAAGGAAAGUUCAAAAACGCAAACGCAAGAUGGUGAAAGAAACGAUCAAAGGAAGAGAUUGUUUAAGCUUAGUAGAUUGGAUUCAAGCCAUAAUAGAGUGCUAUGAUAAAGGGGAAUUGGACAUUUGUAGGAUGAAGGACAUAACUUACGACAUAGAAGAAAUAGAUCCUAUAACCACUCAAAGAAGGAAAGUUCAAAAACGCAAACGCAAGAUGGUGAAAGAAACAAUCAAAGCGGCGACUGCCAAGAGACGUAUGCUUCUCGCCGCUAAAGGUCUUGCCUGGGCUGCCUGGUGGGCGGUGGUCUCUGAGCGAGCAAGCGGCGGCGCGCGUGGUUGCGUAGCAGUAACAGAUAGUAAUUUGAUAUUAAAAAUGGAGGAUUACAAAAAAAUGUUUUCAAAGAACCAUAAACUAAAUAGUUUAGUAUCUUGUACUUUAAGCAGUGCAGAUGCGCAGAUACCUGAUAUAAAAGAUUUACCUGAGACCGGAAUUUUAGGGAAUUUUAACCCUUCUAUUGUUUGGUUAUUUGCUCAAAUAUUUUUAGUAAAGAAUUUUCCUAAUAUUGAAAAAUAUUGUGAAAAAGUAAUUGAUUUCUUGAAAUCUAGCAAUUCAGAUGUAAUGAGUAAGGAUAGACAAACUUGGGAUCCUGAAACUCAAAAAAGUACAACUUGUUCUAAAACAUUUAAUGCUUUUCUAGCUCUGAUUAAGAGAAAUUUAGCUAAGACACCAAACACAUUGAUAGAGGCAUUCAUAUUUUGAAAAAUGCAAAUAAAUCAUAGAAAAACGCGAAAUAACAUACAAAGCAGUGUUGUUUACUUAUUGCUAACCACAAAUGACGUCACGCACUGUGAUUGGCGUUUGGGUUCUUACGCUGCACAGAUAAAAAAUAUUGGAUUUACGCAACUUUAUUUAUUGAUUUAAAAUUAUAAAUCAUUGUUAUUUCUUAAAAAUCUUCAUUGAGUGAUAUUGUUGUAUAACAAACUUUAUUUUAAAUCACAUUUUAGAUUUUUUUUCGAUUACUGUCCGGUACCCUAUUUUACAAGAAAUCUAUUAAAAAUAAGCGCUUUGUACAUCUACACAGAAACCCCUCCACACGGAUAUGGAAGCCAGGCUCCAAAGGUUGCAGAAACAAUGUUAAGAUCUUUGGAGUACAAUAGAAAGAAAGAAGAUAAAAGAACAAUUAAUAUUGGAAAUAUCGACAUAGAAAGACUACAAUGGGAGAAAGAAGAUGGAGUUUUCCCUCACGAUGAAAUACAUGGAAAUUACAUUACAUCUGUAGAAAAGGAAAUGACUAUAUCUUUUUUAAAUGAUAAUCUUACACAAUUAACUACAGUAGUAUACAGAGUAAUGGAUUCCAUCUUAAACCAAAGUUCAGAUGUCUUAACACAAGGAAGACAAACAUUUUGCCCUUUAAGAGAACAAAGUGUUACAGCUGCUCAACCCUGCGAAAUGGCAUUUGACUUUUUGAAUGUUAAAACAGGAAGAAAUUGUUGGAUUCAAGCCAUAAUAGAGUGCUUUGAUAAAGAGGAAUUGGACAUUUGUAGGAUGAAGAACAUAACUUACGACAUAGAAGAAAUAGAUCCUAUAACCACUCAAAGAAGGAAAGUUCAAAAACGCAAACGCAAGAUGGUGAAAGAAACAAUCAAAGAUAAAGAGAAUGUAAGAGAAAUUAAGCAGCAUCUAACAUGUAGUUUCGAGUUGUCCAAAGGAUUACCUGAAUCAACUAUCUCCAUAGGAGGUGAAGAAAAGAAAGCAAAGAUAACCUCAAAUAUGAAAAUACCUACAUUAGAUACAGAUCGGCCAGAUCUGUAUCCCAUGUUCCCACCCAUGUCUCUCAGGGAACAAAAGAUGCAACCAAAUGGAAUUAAUGUUUGAAGAGAUUGUUUAAGCUUAGUAGAUUGGAUUCAAGCCAUAAUAGAGUGCUAUGAUAAAGGGGAAUUGGACAUUUGUAGGAUGAAGGACAUAACUUACGACAUAGAAGAAAUAGAUCCUAUAACCACUCAAAGAAGGAAAGUUCAAAAACGCAAACGCAAGAUGGUGAAAGAAACGAUCAAAGGAAGAGAUUGUUUAAGCUUAGUAGAUUGGAUUCAAGCCAUAAUAGAGUGCUAUGAUAAAGGGGAAUUGGACAUUUGUAGGAUGAAGGACAUAACUUACGACAUAGAAGAAAUAGAUCCUAUAACCACUCAAAGAAGGAAAGUUCAAAAACGCAAACGCAAGAUGGUGAAAGAAACAAUCAAAGCGGCGACUGCCAAGAGACGUAUGCUUCUCGCCGCUAAAGGUCUUGCCUGGGCUGCCUGGUGGGCGGUGGUCUCUGAGCGAGCAAGCGGCGGCGCGCGUGGUUGCGUAGCAGUAACAGAUAGUAAUUUGAUAUUAAAAAUGGAGGAUUACAAAAAAAUGUUUUCAAAGAACCAUAAACUAAAUAGUUUAGUAUCUUGUACUUUAAGCAGUGCAGAUGCGCAGAUACCUGAUAUAAAAGAUUUACCUGAGACCGGAAUUUUAGGGAAUUUUAACCCUUCUAUUGUUUGGUUAUUUGCUCAAAUAUUUUUAGUAAAGAAUUUUCCUAAUAUUGAAAAAUAUUGUGAAAAAGUAAUUGAUUUCUUGAAAUCUAGCAAUUCAGAUGUAAUGAGUAAGGAUAGACAAACUUGGGAUCCUGAAACUCAAAAAAGUACAACUUGUUCUAAAACAUUUAAUGCUUUUCUAGCUCUGAUUAAGAGAAAUUUAGAUAAGACACCAAGCACAUUGAUAGAGGCAUUCAUAUUUUGGUAUGAACUGUACUCGUACAAUCAAUCUCAAUAG